GAAAAGAAAGAAAAAAUAGCUCAAACGCCUUUCUAAAAAAAAGAUUAAAACAAAAGCACAAAACCAUAGUAAGAAAAAUGUCGGAUAUGAUCGUGAAGAAUCAACUAAGAUCUAUAAUUAGCUUACCUUCAAGGUCGCAUCCAAGCACGACGGGAAUCGAGGAAGCUCUUCACAAGGUUAAAAAGAUUAACACCACGACGGAUUCGUCCGAAUCAAUCUUGAUGAGCUUGGCGGGUUUGGAGGAGCUCUACAGUUGUACCGAAGAGUUUCUGAAAAUGGGUUCAACUCAAAGGGUUAUGUCGUCUGAUGGAUCCGAGUUUAUGGAAGAGAUGCUUGAUGGUUCGUUGAGGCUAAUGGAUAUAUGCAGCGUCUCGAGGGAUCUCAUGGUGGAGACUCACGAGCAUGUUCGUGGUGUUCAAUCAUGUCUCAGGAGAAAGAAAUUAGCCGGAGGAGGCGACCAACUCGAUGUUGCCGUCUUGGGGUAUGUUGGAUUUAGAAAGAACAUGAGAAAAGAAGCUAGGAAGCUUCUUGGAUCCUUGAAGAACAUUGAUGGAGGCCUAAGUUCAUCAUUAUCCGUAAUUAAUCGUGACCAAGAUGAACAUUUUGUGGCGGUUAUAGAUGCGAUGAGAAGAGUAGUUUCCGUUAGCGUCUUGGUGUUGAGGUCGUUCUUGGAGUUCUUGUCGGGACGACAAAGUAACAUUAAGAGCAAGUUGGCUUCGGUACUAAAGAAAAAGAAGGUUCAUCAUGAUGAGGGGACCAAUAACGAGUUGGAGAGUUUGGAUUCAGCGAUAUGCUGCUCUCAUGAUGAUCUUCAAAAGAAGCUAGAGGAUGUUGAGAUGAGCAUUGAUGGGUUCGAGAAGAAUUUAGAAGGGUUAUUUCGAAGGUUGAUAAGAACACGUGCCUCGCUUCUCAACAUAAUCUCUCAUUAGAUUUUAAUAUACGUACGCAUGUAAUAUAAUGUAACCUUCCCAGGCGUUCGACUUUAUAGAAUUUGCCGGAGGGAUACAUUAUAUACGCACAGAUAGGAUUUACACACUAGACUUAUUGAUAAAU